AGGCAGUCCCGCUGUCGGACUUGAAGUGUCCCUUGGGCUGUGAAAGAAUGAAGAUGAAUGUUGGGUUGACUUUGAGGGCAGCGAAAGGCUGCUGGAGACUGAACCUCAGCCAGCAGUGCGCACAUGGAUCCAUUGGACUAUUUGUGCCACCGAGUCCUCCUGUGGACCCUGAGAAGGUCAAAGAGCUACAGCGCUUCGUCUCUCUUUCCAAGAGACUCCUAGUGAUGACGGGGGCCGGGGUCUCCACUGAGUCAGGGAUCCCGGACUACAGGUCUGAAAAGGUGGGACUCUAUGCCCGCACCGACCGGAGGCCCAUCCAGCAUCGGGAUUUUGUGCAGAGGGCUCCAGUCCGCCAGCGGUACUGGGCGAGGAACUUUGUGGGCUGGCCUCGGUUCUCCUCUCAUCAGCCUAACCCUGCCCACUGGGCUCUGAGCAGCUGGGAGAGACUCGGAAAGCUGUACUGGCUGGUGACCCAGAAUGUGGACGCCUUGCACACCAAGGCGGGGAGUCAGCGCCUCACCGAGCUGCACGGAUGCAUGCACAGGGUCCUGUGCCUGGCCUGUGGAGAGCAGACUCCGCGUGGGGUGCUGCAGGAGCGCUUCGAAGCCCUGAACCCCACCUGGAGGGCUGAGGCCCACGGCCUGGCUCCUGACGGCGAUGUCUUUCUCACGGAGGAGCAGGUGCAGAGCUUUCGGGUUCCCUCCUGCGCGCGCUGCGGAGGCCCCCUGAAACCAGAUGUCGUUUUCUUCGGGGACACAGUGAGCCCCGACAAGGUCGACUUUGUGCACAGGCGCGUCAAAGAAGCCGACUCUCUCUUGGUGGUGGGAUCGUCCUUACAGGUGUACUCCGGUUACAGGUUUAUCCUCACUGCCCGGGAGAAGAAGUUACCAAUUGCGAUACUGAACAUCGGGCCCACGCGGUCGGACCACCUGGCAUGCCUGAAGCUGGAUUCUCGGUGUGGGGAGCUGCUGCCUUUAAUAGACCCACAGUGACCACGGCCUGAUGUUCCUGAGCCAGAGCUGGGACUUUUGUGUGUAUCCAGCUGCUAAAGAUCCCUAAGGAUUCAUCCCUUCUUCUUUUAGUCGAAGCUCCCGAGUGCAGCCUGUAGAGGGCAGCAAACCGGCACCUCUCCGCCAGCCUCUGGAAGUGGGCAGGUCUCCGAGCCAAGGAGUUAAAUCUUUAGGUUGAUGAGAUUCGCCCCUGAAGAAAGACUUUUUCAAAGCAGCAGCUUCUCCUGCUAGGAAAACUGCUUUCAGUCCCUUCUUAUCUCAUCAGGCAGAAGAAAUGGCCCAGGAAAUAUGUAGGUCAGGACGGUCUCUGGAGGACUAGCGCAGGGCUCACUAAUGUGUGUGUGUGUAGAGUAAUGGGAGAAGGGAAUGACUUAAUUUAUAAUUCUAAAUGGUUAAAUGUCUUUCACUGAACUAUUUUGGAAUAUUUGGAAUAAUUUAUGCUAUGAAUUAAUUGUUUAUUAACCAAGGAAUAAAGGAAUCAUUUUUAAAUAGCACACCAGGUAUGUGG